AUGGCGGAGAUGUCUUACCUUCAGAUCCACGAUGCCAACGAAGCCGUUUUGAACCAUUGUAACCGUAACCACCACCAACGGCGGCGACAUCACCUGAGAGAUCAAUCGCUUUCUCGGAUCCUCGAUUCCCUCCCUCACUGGGUCCAAUCGGACGACGCCGAUCUCUACGCCUCUGAAAACGAUUUCCCGUCCGACGCUGGUUUCUCCGGCGACGUAUCGGCGCCCGAUUCACUAUUCCCGGAAUCCGACGGUAUUGAUCUACUCGACCGGCGUAGCUUUGUCAUGGAUCUGUUCCACCAGCGCGUUGAGCAAUGCCAGGUGAGUCCGCUUGAUGACGACGACGACAUCGAUGAGUACGAGGGUGAGGAAUCACGGUCAGAUUCGGGUUUCGGUGUGGUGGAAGGAAAUUACGACACGCGUGAGGAUAAUUUGGAGUUCGAUUUUGGAUUGGAAUUAGAAUCUGGUAGCGGUUUCGUUGAGAAUGUGAUAGGUGAUAGCGAUGAUGAACACGAUGACGAUUUCUUUGAUAGGAUGAGAUAUUUAGCGAUGGAGUCUAGGGAUGUUAUGGUAACAGUGGAAUCGGGUUCUGAUUCUGAUGAUGAUCCGGAGAAAGAGAAUGAGAUUUGGGGAAUAGAUUUGAAUGACGAAGAUGAUUAUGGUGAGGAUGAUGAAGAAGAUGCAAGUGUGACGAUUCCUCUUUGUUGGGAUUCACUUCAAUUGGAGGAUUUGGGAAUUAACAAUGAGGAAUGCGAGUGGGAAGAAGUUGAUGAUGAGGAGGAGGAGGAGGAGGAUGAGAGAGAGGUUUUAAGCGUUUUAGCAGAAGGUGAUGAUAACAAUUCAGUAUCAGUCUCAGUCUCAGCAACAAUCUCUCAAGAAGAUUUAGCUAUAGGUGAGAGAAGAGGAUAUGUAGGUUGGGAAGUUUUGUUGAAUUCUCGUAGUCUCGAGUUUAACCUAGACGAUGCAGAGAGCAGCAACAUGGAAUUGUACAUUGGUGAAUUUGAUCAAGAAGAGGAAGAAGAGAAUAAUCUAACAGAGUAUGAGAUGUUGUUUGAGGCUGGUCUUGGUAAGCCUCCAGCGUCCAAAUCGUUCAUAAAGAAUCUGAAAGUGUCUCCUUUGACCAAAGAAGAGAACGAUGAAGCGAUUUGUUGUGCGGUGUGCAAAGAAGAGAUGAGUGUAGGGAAAGAAGUUGCAGAGCUGCCUUGUAGACACAAGUACCAUAGUGAAUGUAUUGUUCCAUGGCUUGGGAUUAGGAACACGUGUCCGGUUUGUCGUUUUGAGUUGCCUAGUUCAGAUGAAGAGUUGGAGACUGAGCAGGGCCGGUUUUGA